AUGGGUUCCUUUUUUGAUUCGCUUGGUGGCUCGCAGCUAGAUGAAUUGGCACCCUGUCCACUUCUGGCCAAGGUGACAGUGGAUGACGACUACCUGGGACUGGGUGAGCUGCCGGAGACCUUCCCCUCCGACCCCCCCGAGCCCCUCCCACACUUCCUGAUGGAGCCCGAGGAAGCGUACAUAGUUAAGAACAAACCCGUCAACCUGCGCUGCAAAGCCACGCCCGCAACGCAGAUCUACUUUAAGUGCAACAGUGAGUGGGUUCAUCAGAAGGAGCACACUGUGGAUGAGCGUGUGGAUGAGACAUCAGGUCUGGUGGUGCGGGAAGCCAGCAUCGAGAUCACCCGUCAGCAGGUGGAGGAGCUCUUCGGCUUGGAGGAUUUCUGGUGCCAGUGUGUUGCCUGGAGCUCUGCCGGUACCACAAAGAGUCGCAAGGCCCACGUGCGCAUUGCCUAUCUCAGGAAGACAUUUGACCAGGAGCCACUGGGGAAGGAGGUGUCUCUUGAGCAGGAAGUGCUUUUGCAGUGCCGACCACCUGAAGGCAUACCUGCUGCUGAGGUGGAAUGGCUGAAGAACGAGGAAGUCAUUGACCCGGCCGACGACCGAAACUUUUACAUCACCAUCGAUCACAACCUCAUCAUCAAACAGGCCCGCCUGUCAGACACCGCCAACUACACUUGUGUGGCCAAGAACAUAGUCGCCAAGAGGAGGAGCACCACAGCCACCGUCAUAGUUUACGUCAACGGUGGUUGGUCGACGUGGACCGAGUGGUCUGUGUGUAGCAGUCGCUGUGGUCGUGGGUACCAGAAACGAACUCGCAGUUGCACCAACCCCGCGCCUCUGAACGGGGGAGCCAUCUGUGAAGGCCAAGCUAUCCAGAAACUGGCGUGUAACCCUCUUUGCCCAGUGGACGGCCUGUGGACAGAGUGGAGUAAGUGGUCUACGUGUGGGACAGAGUGUACCCACUGGAGAAGACGAGAAUGCAGCGCUCCGGCCCCCAAAAACGGGGGGAAAGACUGCGAAGGGAUGGUUCUCCAGUCGAAGAACUGUACAGAUGGCCUUUGUAUGCAGAGUUCGUUGUAUCAGAAGUCUUCUGAACCUAAAGACAAGAAUGAUUUGGCAUAUCCAUCGGCCCCCAGCACAGACGACGUGGCACUGUACGUGGGCAUCGUCAUCGCGGUCAUCAUGUGCCUGGUCAUCUCCGUCAUCGUGGCGCUCUUCGUCUACCGCAAAAACCACCGUGACUUCGACUCGGACAUUAUCGACUCCUCCGCUCUCAACGGAGGCUUUCAGCCAGUCAGUAUCAAAACAGCGCGAACAGCUGACCUCCUUACUGCUCCCCCUGACCUGACCUCCGCGGCAGCCAUGUACCGCGGGCCCGUGUACGCCCUCCAUGACGUGGCUGACAAAAUCCCCAUGACCAACUCUCCGCUCCUGGACCCUCUGCCCAACCUGAAGAUUAAGGUGUAUAACUCCUCCGGAAUGGUCACGCCCAAUGAGGACCAGUCCGACAUCUCCUCCAAGUUCUCCCCGAAGCUCCCCCACUCCCUCAUCGACAGCGACACCAUGAGCCGCCGCACCCAGAGCCUGGUCCGAACCCGGGAUCCCUCCUGCACGGCCUUUGGCUCCUUCAACUCCCUGGGAGGACACCUCAUCGUGCCAAAUUCAGGCGUUAGCUUGUUGGUGCCAGCAGGCGCCAUCCCCCAGGGCAGGGUGUAUGAGAUGUACGUAACAGUACAACGAAAGGAGAGCAUGAGGCCAUCGGUGGAUGACACUCAGACGGUUCUGAGUCCUGUGGUGAGUUGCGGACCCCUGGGGGCCCUCCUGACCCGACCGGUCAUCAUCACCAUGCACCACUGCGCAGAGGCCGACAGCGAGGAUUGGCUCAUCCAGCUGAAGAGCCAGUCACAACAGGGACAGUGGGAGGAUGUGGUGGUGGUAGGGGAAGAAAACUUCACCACUCCCUGUUAUAUUCAAAUGGAUGAGGAGGCCUGUCAUAUUCUCACUGAGACGCUGGGGACAUACUGUCUGGUUGGACAGUCUGUCAGCGCGGCCACCAGUAAGAGGCUCAAACUGGCUAUUUUUGGCCCCGUUACCUGUACCACGCUGGAGUACAACAUCAGAGUCUACUGCCUGGACGACACACAGGACGCCCUUAAGGAGGUGCUACAGAUGGAGAAACAGAUGGGAGGAAAGCUAUUGGAUGAACCAAAGACUCUGAACUUCAAGGACAGUACCCACAACCUCCGGCUCUCCCUCCAUGACGUCCCACACACCCUGUGGAAGAGCAAGCUGUUGGCCAAGUAUCAGGAACUUCCUUUCCAGCAGGUGUGGAGCGGCUCUCAGCGCAACCUGCACUGCACCUUCACGCUGGAGCGCUUCAGCCUGAGCACGGCGGAGCUGGCCUGCAAGCUGUGCGUGCGACAGGUGGAGGGAGAGGGCCAGAUCUUCCAGCUCAACAGCACGCUGUCGGAGGACACUCAGUGCAUUGACACUUCCCUGUUGGAUCCAGCCAGUAACAUCACAACCCUGGUGGGCCCCAACGCCUUCCGCAUCCCCUUGUCCAUCCGCCAGAAGCUCUGCGGCAGUUUGGAUGCCCCUCAGACCCGCGGCAACGACUGGAGGAUGUUGGCGCAUAAACUCAACUUAGACAGGUAUUUGAACUACUUUGCCACCAAGUCAAGUCCGACCGGCGUGAUCCUGGAUCUGUGGGAAGCGCAGCACUUCCCUGACGGAAACCUAAACCGACUUGCUGCCGUGCUGGAGGAGAUGGGUCGUCAUGAAAACAUAGUGCCCAUGGCAACGGAGCACUGA